UUCCCCGGGCAGCUGGUGCAGAAAGAAGCAAAUUGGAAGAGGGGCCAAGGCUGAGGGCUGGAGGAUUGGAAGGUUGUUAUGCUGGAGUCAGAUUGAAAACUCUGUGUAGAGAAGUAUUCCCCAAAGAGCAGUGUUUCCCAGAUGACUCUAAAGUGAUGGCAGGUCCAGGAUCAUGAGUGAGGAUGUCAGGGGGACAGGCUGGUGAGUCAGGGUGUUGUUCUAUUGCCUUCUCAUCUAGUUCUGCGUCCCUCCUGGCAUCCCAUCUCCUGCUCACGCCUUCCUCUGUGCUUCUCCAGGCCUCCCCUGGCCCGUGGAAUCCAGCCCCGGCUUCCAUCAGCCCUUCCUUGCAACUUCCCACCCCUGCUAUUGUCUUCAUCGCAGUGGGCAUCUAUUUGUUGCUGUUGGGCCUAGUGCUGCUGACUAGGCACUGUCUGCUGGCCCAGGGCUGCUGCACAGACUGCAGCUCCCCUUGCAGGAAACAAGGUGCCUCCCAGACCCAAGACUGUUGCUGGAGCUGUGCAGAAGCCUGUGACUUCCCUCUGCCCAGUCCCACCCACUGCCUGGAUGCCUGCUGUCCUCAUCUCAGUGAAGCUGGUUGGGCCCCUCGAUGCCCUCGCUGCUGCCCACUGUGUGACUGUGCCUGUGCCUGCCAGCUCCCAGACUGCCAGAGCCUCAACUGCCUCUGUUUCGAGAUCAAGCUCAGAUGAAAGAUGGGGCUGGGGACGUUGUUAUUUGGGGAGUGGCCAGUCCCCAGGGCCCCCUCUAUGAUCCUCAGGACAUCAUUACUGGAGCUAUGGCUCUGGAGCUAUGGAUGGCAGGCCCAGCCUAAUUACCUGGGAACCUUGAGUUCUCUGAAAGGCAGGAUUCUGAGAGCCCUUGGACUGCUGAAAAGGGCCUGGUGUUCUGGCCAGUGCCCCUGCCUUUCUUCUUGUCCCUUCCCUGAUAAACUAUUGUAUGUGAGGGUGAGGAUGCAGGACAUUGCUCACCCAGGCAACAGUGUGGGAGG